AUGGAGCUGGAACAGAGAGAGGGGGCCAUGGCAGCAGCCAUGGGCUUUGAAGAGUUCUCAGCGCCACCAGGUUCAGAGCUGGCUCUGCCUCCCUUGUUUGGUGGCCACAUCCUGGACAGUGAGCUAGAGACAGAAGUGGAGUUUGUGUCCGGUGGUCUCUGUGGUUCAGGACUCCGGGAGCGGGAUGAUGAGGAAGAGGCAGCCCGGGGUCGCAGGCGUCGCCAACGGGAACUAAAUAGAAGAAAGUACCAGGCUCUAGGUCGGCGCUGCAGGGAGAUCGAGCAGGUGAAUGAGCGAGUCCUGAACAGGCUCCAUCAGGUGCAAAGGAUAACCCGGAGACUCCAGGAGGAGCGCAGGUUCCUCAUGAGGGUGCUGGACUCCUACGGGGAUGACUACCGGGCCAGCCAGUUCACCAUUGUGUUGGAGGAUGAUGGCAGCCAAGGCACAGAUGUCCCCACUCCGGGCAAUGCUGAGAACGAGCCUCCAGAGAAAGAGGGACUUUCCCCACCCCAAAGGACACCUGCACACCUAGACCCCAGCAGCCCAGCCCCUGGCGAAGGGCCCUGUGGGCGGAAGAGGCGGCGGGCACCACGGGUGGGGGCUUCGUUGACCCCAGAACUGGCCCCAAUGCAGGUGGGAGCCGAGGGCUGGGGCCAAGGCGUGAUUAAAGUUGAGGAAGACUUUGGCUUUGAAGCAGAUGAGGCCUUGGAUUCAAGUUGGGUUUCUCGAGGGCCAGACAAACUGCUACCCUACCCUACCCUAGACAGCCCACCCUUUGACUAACCCUCUCUCCCCAAUAAAUAGA